UGUAGGUUGCACUCCUCUUGUAGAGGUUGGUGCUCGUACUCCAUUGCUUUGGUGGCUUUCUUAAAUGUCUUUUAAGGUAUCUAUGAGCUGUGAAUAACUCACAUUUAAAUCAAAGGCUAAACACCGCGUGAACUUCUCUCAAGUAGGCCAUAGUCUGAGAGGCGGGAAAUGUGUACCUACCUAUUAACAAGUCAAGAAUAAUAAUUAUUUGAAACUGCGACCUAUUCCAAAAUGGGGGAAAACGGUGCACAUAACGUCUUAACUGAAAAACAGAUGCAGUAUGCAGUGGCUCGAAUGGCGAAACCUGGUUCCCAAAUCAUUGGUUACGAUGUAAAACCAGCUUCAGAUAAAUUGGCUGGUUUCUUGGGAGAUCACUUAAGGAUGAUUUUGUGCGUAACGGAAAAUAAUGUCGUGAGGAAGAUCUAUUUGUUUAUAAAGACUGUGCCGACUGGGAAUAUACCGAAAGCUGAUUUCAUAAACCAGAACCAGUUUUUUAAGAAGGAAGCGAUGGUGUUUCAGCUGCUUGAGCAGAUUCCCGAUGUGGACUGUCUGAACCCGUGGUGCACCAGAGCAGUGAUUCAUAACGAGAAGAUCAUAGUAAUGCCAGAUCUUGCCAUCCUAGGCUACAGGACUCAUCCAACAGAAAUGUACUUUGAUCGGAACCACGUUUUCGUUGUUGUCUCAUCACUCGCCCGAUUCCACGCAGCCUUCGCUAAUUAUUUUACAAAAAGAAACCAAACUCAUCCACAUUUUAUAGAGGAACAUGCGUUUUUCAACGAGGAGCCGUUUAGUGAUGCACCGUGGCUGAAAGGUGCAGCAAAAGUCAACUACCAAGUUCUGAAAGAAUUCUCAUCAAAAUCGAUACAUUAUCCAAUAGAUUUGGAAGAAAAAUUAAGCCAACUGUAUAUAAAAGCUUACCAAAGUCUGAGAAAUAAUGAAGAUACCCUCAAUGUGGUUAUUCAUAAGGACUUGUGGGCGAACAAUAUAUUAUUUCAGUAUAAUGAUAACGUACCGAUAAACGCUGUGUUAGUCGACUUCCAACUUGCGCGAUACGCUCCGCCUACAUUUGAUCUGAUGUCGUUACUAUACAUGACUACAUCUAGACAAUUCCGUGAUUGUUAUGAAAAUGAAGUAUUCCAUCAUUACUACAAAGUAUUUUCGGAGAGCUUAGAUGACUGCACCAAACAGAGGUUACAGAAUUUAAACUAUGAUUUUGCGGAGUUUCUGAAAUGGUGCGAGAGAUCCCGUAUGUUCGGAUUGGUUCAAGCGAAUACAACUAUUCCCUGUGUUUGUAUGGAACCAGAUGUAGCGCAGAAAACGUUUGACGAUCCGGAUACGUAUGUGGAGCACGUGACAGGGGACAGAUCGAAGCCAGUGGUAGCUCACAGUAGAGAAAACGUCCAGUACAGGCUCAGGCAGUUGGAAGUUAGCGAGGAGUUUGUGGAAAAGUACGUUUGUGAAAUGUAGCUUGACAUUCAGUGAAAUAACAUCAUCUAUCUAAUUAAAAUUUUCCAUCUUCUAAUCCCACUUCCACAUUUUUACUGAUUGUACGAGAGUUUAAUAGCAUAGCAGUUUUUUAUUUUAAGGCAACCACCUAAACCCUGGUUUACGUGCGUAUGAAGAUCUUCCGAGAACUUAUAUAUUUUCAAGAUCUUUUCAUAUUAUAACCCAGUAAGUAGGCUUACCUGAAUGAAAUCCUAAAUGAAAACGAACAUGUGCGGCUAUAUACCUGCCUAAUACCUGUACUAAUAAUAUGUACCAUUGAGGAAAAUAACCAGUUUUUUG